CUCUCGGCGAAAGGAUGUACCACAUCAACACGUCCAUAACAAUAUGACUGAAAUAGUGGAACAAGCUUCUGUGCCGCUAUUAGCAGUGACAGCGGCUGUUGGGGCAAUAGUAUUACUUUUUGCUUUACUUUGCAAUGUUCUACGACGAGACAAGCAGAAAGAGCAAACUAUUGGUACAAUUAAAGAUGGUUAUUAAAUAGUAUUAUUAUUAUUAAUUAGCCUUAACUUAACUGUUAGAGAUAGUGUAAGUUACAGUAUAAGUGUGUGAGUGUGAUACUUCACAACAAAAAAAAAACUAGAAUUAAUUAAUUUAUUAAUAAGUAUAAAUUCUAUUUUUAAACAAUUUUAAAUAUUAAAAUAUUACAGUUAUAUAAAACAAACUUCAAAUUUAAAAAAUGAAACUAGAAUAAACUUUAUAGCUUAGGUCUAGGCCUAGGUACUUUGAUUAGAAAAUUAAAACUUUUUGCAAAAAUAAACCAAUGGCAUAGUUGAAAGAGCUAGUAAUUAUAACACCAAAGCAUAUUUUUAGCUGUUGUAGUUUUAAACUUAUGAUUUUUAAAGUUCGACUUAAUUUGUCCAUUUUUAACAUGGACCCAUCGGACCGCAUUCGGUGACCCAAUUCUGCUGUUCGCGUCACGAGCUCUUGUUUUAAUAAUUUUAUUUUCAGAAUUAAUGCUGCAUUUAAGUUUAAGAUAAUUUUAAUAAUGUUAACAAUUAUAAAUAAAUUGUAGCUUAUCUAACUAUGCACUAUUUAUAUCAGUAAAUUUAAUAUAAUGUAUUAAUAUAUGGCUUUUCUGUUUAACUAAUCUUCGACGUCCAUUAUACCGAUAUAUGCUAUAUACUAUAGUCUAUAUAAGGCUGCUCAUGCCCUAAUUACUAAAAUAUUGUUUGGGAACUAUUGAACUUUCAACUUUGGUACCGGUACAUGACUAAUUAAUUAAAACUUUCCCUGACCUAGUUAAAUAGUUUUUGCACAUGGCAAACUUUUAUGAAUAAAAACUCUGAGAUAGUAGUAAAUGAUAGCCAUUAUGCAAGUCACCGUGAAUGGCCGCCAUGACAUUUUGCACUCGGUAAAUUAUGAUCAUUUAUAAUAUGGACUCUGCAGGGUUUUUUUAACCUCAAAUUAAAACAGUAUUCUUUCAAUAACAUUUAAGUUCUUUCUAAAACAUAAGUUAUCAAAUAUUUUGAUGUAAAUAGUGGAAACAAUUGAAUAUUUCCUAAGUAACGGCGUCUUCCUUCAAUGAAAGGGGGUGUGGCCACUUCCUUAUCGAAAUUGGGCUGAGCUACAUUACCAUAUAGGGGUUUACUCAAAUGAGCAUAACAAGUGACCGACAUGUCCUAACUAAAUGAGAAUUGACACAAAUACACAUCGAUAGAUAAUACAGAAAAAGAAUUUAUUUUAAAGACAUAAAAGUUAAAUUCUAUACGAAUUUUAUAGUGAAAGAUGCCUUAUAUUUAAAGGGAAAUCUCAAAAUACAGGUCGAUUGAAAAAUUAAAACAAAUCUAUGUAAAUGUAGGCCAAGAGGUCUACCUAAUUAUAAGGCCUGAAACGGAACUCAAAUAUAUGUCGAAAGUACUCAUUUAUUAAUAAAUAGACACACACAUCGGAAAAUUAAAAACUCAGAUUUUUCGGCGCCGAUUUCUAUUUCCGAUACACAGAAAUUAGUAGUCUCCCUUGUUUCAUCGAAGUACCUACUUUACUUUAGUACUUUUUAAGCUAUGAAUUUUUUAAGUGCAAGUUUUUUUGGUAUUUUUUUUGGUAGGCCUAUUCACUAUUUAUUUUACUAUGACUAUUGACUGCACCUCCACAUUUUGUGACCCUAUACCGCUGAUCGCGUCACACGCUAUAACUAUAAUUAUAUUUUCAUACAACUUUCAUUUUCAGGAUUAAUCAUUACUAGGUAUUAAAAUAUUUCUAAUUUUAAACGAUUAGCAUAGUCAUAGUGGCAUAGUACUAUAGUAGUAUAAGACAUGUAAGGACUGUGAAUGGUUGCUCAUGACAAUGUUUUGCAUACAACAAAUUAUGAUAGUUUAUAAUAUGGAUUCUACUGGGUUUUUAAACCCCAAAUUAAAACAUUCUUGUUUAAAUUAAUUCUAGGUUCAUUCUAAAACAAAAGUUAUCAAAUAUUUUGAUGUAAAUAGAGAUUAUAAUUGAAUAUUAUCUAAGUUCAGCAUCUUCUGCCAUUAAAAAGAUGGGCAUGGUCAAAAUUAGGCUGAGCGACCUCAUGAUAAUGCAGGUUACGAGGACAAGUGUAACGAACGUCAGACACGACCUGCAUCAUGAGAAUUGGCACACAUAUACUAUGAUAUACAUCAAGAUAUAAUGCUUUUCAUUAUUUAAUAUGAAACACCUUUAUUUUGAACUUGAUCAAAGGUUUUUGAGGAAAAGUUGCCUUAUAUAUACCUAUUAAUUUCCAUAACUAAGGUCGCUCAAAAAGGGCAAAAUUCUAUGUUGGAAUGUAGGUCAAGAUGUCCCCUAUCGUGAACAGGUGGAAGGAUACCACAAUUUUAUUACAAAAUAGUCCCUUUAUUAAUGGAAAAUCACUAACGUCCAAAAAUUAAAAACUUGGAUUCUUCUGUGCCAACGCCCAUUUCCUGUACAAAUUUUGAAGUAGUCUCCCUUGCUUUACCAUAGUGCCUACUGUAACACUACACAGUUCAAGAACUAGAGACGAGGGAGCAGUACUACCAUUCCUCCAAGGCUUGUCGCUAGUUUCUAUACCACUACACUACACUACUCCCUUAUCUAGUAAUUGAUGAAGUGUAUGAGUGUGUGGUGUAGGUGUAGAAUUAUUGGCAGAUUAACGCCAGGCAAUUGUUCAAGGAUUUCCAAAAAUCUCACAUAAGUCACUUCCCUACAUAAAAACAAAAAUAAAUUAUAAUAUAUUAAAAUUAAAUAAAUGUUGCCUAAUUAAAGUAAGUCAAAGACUUAAGAAACAGCUUCACCUAGGCCCAUACUAAAUAUAGGCUGUUUGUUAAAAAAUUGAAGUCUCAAACUACCCUCAUCUACUUCUGGGUAAAUAGAGGAUUAAUGUUUUAAAACUUAUGGUUAGUCUUACAUUACCGUUUAAUGAGAAAUUUUUUUGUUAACGAUCCAAAAUGAUCACCCUCCAUCUUCAUAUUCUUUACUUGAGUCAAUCCAAAACACAUGGAUUUUUCAUAUCAUUGCCCUGCCCUAAACAUUUUUUAUAGAUGGCCGUUCUAAUAAACAAACCACUACAAGUUUUCUAAAUAAAUCAUAAUUAAUUGUAAAACUUCAUAUUAUGCUCUCAAAUUUGUAUUAUUUUUUUGUUACUUAGACUCUGACAAAACGAGAACUCAAGAAAGCCUGGGCAAUGACAAAUCUAGUGCUUCUAAAAAGGUGAAACCCACAGCCACAAAGGUUGUGAAAAAAGCAGCUUAUGUCCCAUUCUCACACCCUUGGUUAUCAUGCACAUUGAAAGGCCACAGCAGCCGUAUUGUGUCUUUAGAUUUCAGCCCAAAUGGGAAGUAUUUGCUCACAGCAUCAGAAGGUUUGUUUUGUCAAAAACUUGUAUAUACAUUUUGUUAAGUGUGUUUUUUAGCCAUUAGAUCUUCAUGUCCUAUAAGACAUUGUUUAGUGGAUGUGCAGUAUGUGCUUCUUCCACUCAUUAAUAACUGAUAUCAUAUGGGUCAAGGCAUCAGGCGGCACAAAUGUAUUAUAUUUAUUUUAACAGCAUAAACAAAAUCACACUUAACACCACCAUAUAACAAAGACAUAUGAGGUAAGAAAUUAAUUUCUUUUUUUUUGUGAUAAAUAUGGCUGGGGGGAAUUGUUAGACUUAACAUUUUUUAGAGUUAACCACUGUCAUUGUCUGUCAUAUAUUGUAAUAAAAAUAUUUCAAACAAUGUAAGUUUAUCGUACGACAUAGGAUCUCAAGGCCUUUUUGAAAUUCAUUACCCCCAAAGAAACGUGAUCCUUAUUUUUAAGCUCUUCUACUGGUGGGGGAUUUUUUUUUUGUGUCUGGUGGUGGGGGGGGGGGGGGGGGGGUUAAUAAUCCUUAUUAGUGUCUUAAGUGGUGCACUGAAGGUUGGAAAACACUGCCAUACCCAAUAAUUUUUUUUAAAAUAUUUCUAUUUAUCCUGCGGUACAUUGUAAUGUUUCCAAAUAAAUAAAAUUCAAAGAGAAGGCUGCCAUAAGAUCUGCAACUUUAGUCCUCCCACACCAAACAUAAAUCUACUGGCAGUCCCCUCACGCCUUUGUAUAUCUUUUUAAAAAGAUGUGUAUAUCUAAAAAGCUGUUAUAAUCUGCGUGCUAAUUUUUUUUCAAAUGUUCCCUCAGAUAGAGCCUUGAUGUUAUGGAGUGUCAAGGAAUUUCAACAGAAAGACCAUAAGUAAGUUUAUAUGGUGUUACAAUAUCUAGGAUUUUAGAUGGGUUUUUAACUACAGGCGGCAUCCAUUUUCUGUUUGUUUAAUAAUUGUUUUUUCAUGUUUCUUAUGUUGGAUUAUCAAUAGGAAUAACUUUAAAUACUAGUACUUACAAAAUUUAUUUUUUUGCAACCUAAUUUCAGAUAUUUACGAGGAAAUGUUGAUUUAGACUCAGCCACUCAAGUAGCCUUCAGUCCUGAUUCACGGUUUGAAAAAUAAUUUUUGAAUGAUUAAAAUGGGUGCUUACAUCACACUACUUAAUAAAUUCCCAGAAGUUAGUUUUAAAACUAUUUAAGUAAAAAGUCUAAUAUCCUGUAAAGAUAAAUAAUACAUUAGAAAUCCUUUAGAACCAAGGCAUGUUUUUAUGUUUGCUUAUAUCUUUAUCCUUCUUUAGUAUCUGGUACCAAUGUGUCAUGAUUAUUUUUUUUUUUUCUUUUUUAUGCAGUGCAAUUUAUAAUAGUUGUAUCCACUUUUGUCUUUCAGAGCAUUUGUUGCUAGUCUAUCUAAUGAAAAUGCCAUUAGAAUUUUCCGGUUAGUGAAAAAGGAAGAUGGUAGUCAUAAUGUUACAAUAACAGGGGCAGUUACAUUCUCGAAGGUAAUGAACCACUUAUUUUUAGAUAUAAUAAUAGAAGAAGAAGAAGUCUUUGAUAUAUUUUUUUUUUAAACAUUUGCCUAGUUUGUGAUUGGUUCUGUGUAAUCUUUUGUCGAAAACAUUGGUUUAUAUGAUUGGUUUUGUUUAUAAUUGUGUUUUGCUUUUUCACUAAAUUUUUAGAAGCAUAAAACAGAUAUUAUUGGUGUCGGAAUUGCCUCCAGUGGAAGAUUUAUAAUGUCAUGUAGUGGUGAUACAACCAUUAUUAUAUGGGACCUGAAGGGUAAUUUUUUUUUUUAAUUUAGUAAUCUUAAUUUUAAAAUUGUUUGUCCUCUUUUUUCUUAAUAUGAAAUUUAAACAUUUUCAUGAUCUUGUAAGUAAAGGUUUUAAUAGAUUUUUCACAGGGGUUUCUCAAACUCCAUUAAUUAUUAACAUAAUUAAUUGUACAAACUUAUUAAUAUAUUUUCAUUAACUGUAUAUCAUUUCAUUGAUUUAUAUAAAAAUCUCUUGCCAUCAGGUGAAGUAUUGUCAACAAUAGACACAAGACAAAUGUCAAAUUCUUGUGGUAAAGUUUCUCCAUGUGGUAGAUUUGUUGCUUCAUCAGGUGUGUGCCAUUGUGUACUAUACUGUCAUCACAUAUACAACACUAUUAUUAAUUACAUGCCUUAAAUAAGUUUUAAAAGCCCUGAAUGCAGUUUCCUAAACAGUUACUUAGUACUAUGUUCUUCUGGCAUAAAAAAAAGGUGUUAAAAGCAAAUCCAAAUUUGGCAGUGCAUAAUAUAAAGAGAUCACUUAUAUGUUCCUUAGGUUUCACUCCUGAUGUCAAAGUAUGGGAAGUUGUUUUUGACAAGACGGGGGCUUUCAAAGAGGUCAAAAGAGCCUUUGAGUUGAAAGGUCAUUCCGCUGCUGUUUAUCACUUUUCAUUUAACAUGGAUGCCAGGAGGCAAGUUGAAUGAUUCACUAGUUCUGUUUGAUUCAUUGUAAUAUACUAAAAGUCUAUUGGCAUUCAAGAGAUGGUUAUCUCGUGGUGCUUUGAAUUGAUCCAUUUCACUUUUUUUUUUUUUUUUACAGGAUGGCAUCGGUUUCAAAAGAUGGGACUUGGAAAUUUUGGGACACCGAUGGUGAGACAAUUUUUUUCAAUAUAAUAUUACAUAAUGUUAUAAUAUAUAUAUAUAUAUUUCAAGUAGGAUAAUAAAAAAAAACCACUACAUUACUGUAAAUCAUAGGACAUGUUAUGAGGACUCAUAUAGGUUAUACAAAUAUAUAACUUUAUCUGACAGUCCAUCGAACACUAUUUCUCAUUGAUUAAAUGUUUAAGAAUUAGUUUAAGGAACAAACAUCAGGAACACCACUGCUGAGUAGCCCUUGCAACCAAUGAAGUAUCCCCUUGAAAACCAUGCACAGUAAUAUCGCGAACCCCUCUGAAACACAGGAACCAGAAUGAUCAAUUCAUUGAUCGUGGGCCCUCAAAAUAAAGAAGAAGAUUCAUGCCAAAGAACAAGGAAAUAAAGCUGAAUAAUUUCAGUCAUAUUAAUUAUUCAUAUCCAUAAAAACAUUUGGUACUGUGAAUUAGAGUGAAAUAUCUUGGAAACAGUUAGACCUCGGGUGAUAGGUCCUCUUAGGAUAGGACGCAGAAGAUGCUUCAACUUCAAUGCCAAAUUUUGCAAGAGAUUUAAGGCAAUUUUCUCAUUUGUUAAAAAUAUGCAAUUUGUUGAAAUGGUUGGGGGAGUCAAAGCAUCAUGUGACUAGAAACAUCUUUAACCCACAAACUGUGGUCAGCCGAUUAAAUCGACUGAUAAAAAUUGUGUUGAAAGAACAACUUCCAAUCCAAUAUUUUACUCUAAAUAAAACAACUUCCUUUAAUAAUAAAUAAACUUCUGUUUUUCACUUUUCUGUGUCCUUUUUUGUACUUUUGGAGUUAUUUUUUACAACGAUCUUUAUUAAACAAAUUGUGUACUUAGAUUUUUGGGAAAUGGAUGAGGCCAUGGCUGGAAUAUCUGGCUUACAAAAUAAAUCAGUUGGGAAUCUUUUUGAUGACUUUUUAGUUAAUGACUUAGAUGAUUCGGAAGAUGAUUUUCCCAUCAUACACGAAGACAAUGAUAAUUCCGAUUAUUUUUUUAGUGGGUCAGAAAGCGAAAGUUCAGAUGAUUUAGACCUAGGCUUAGAAGAACGAUUAGGCAUUACCGCAACAACAGGACUCAUUCAAAACUAUGUUGCAGAUGAUUUUGUACCAACAAAAAUAAUUAGAUGUUGUUCUACGGUACAUAUGUUUUCUUAUAUUUCAUUUCAUGGAUUAAAUAUUUAUAUAGCAGCUAUUUAAAUUUUAUCUGUUUCAUGCUAUUUAGUAAUUUUAUAUUGUUUAUGUCAUGCUUUGUUACUUGAAUGUAAUUAUAGGUAUCAGAAUAACUUUUUUUUAAAAAUCUUUAAUAACUAAAACAUAUACAAAUAAUACAUUUUCUGAAAGAUAAGUAAAAAUGCCAUCAUAUUAUAUAAACAUUAUAAUAAUAUGCCUUUAAAAAAUUUUAGUUUGAGGUACUUGAAAAGUAAACUUUUCAUUAUUUUCUUUAUUCUUGGUUAUUCCAAGGUCAAGGUAAUGGUCACAGAGUAUAAAAUAGCAUUAACAAAAUAGCCAAUAUGAUUCCCCACUCAGUCUAAUUUCAAUAAGCAAAUACUUUAUGGGGUCUAGCUAUAGUAUUUGCAUGUGAAAAAUCACAUUUUUCAAAUGCACCCAGAAAAAUCUAAAUUGCCUGCACAGUACAGAAUAGUAACCAGCACAAUUCAUGGGCUAAGAGUCAUUAAGGUUAACAUAGCAAGUUUUUGUGUUAUUUUACAAAUUAAUUUAAAGUGUGUUGUAAGCUGUUACUGUUUUAUGAUAACUGGAAAGAAUCAAAAUGCAAAAAACUAAUUUUUUUUAAAGUUAAAGGGAAAUGGAAAAAAAAUUAGCUUCUAGCAGGAAUUGAACCUGGUCUCAAACACACGUAAAGUAGUCUAGCAAUACAUCACAGUUUAGAGUUGAUGCAAAAAAAACAAAAAACUUUGCAAGAUGCAUAUAUAUUUUUAAUGUGAUGAUAGGCAAAGGGAAACCAAAAUUUAAUAAAUAACUAAGCGAUAAACAAAGGGAAACCAAUAUUUAAAUAAGAACUAACAGCCACAGCAGACUAUAUGAACACAUAGAUGGUUAAACAUCUCUUACAAAUGGGAUCAUAAAGUGAGUGAUAUGACACUGCAGGUAAUCAAAUUUAUUUUGAGCGGUAAAUUCCAUCUUUCUCAAAGGCCAGAAUUAGACCACUGUUAUAAAAAAAAAAAUUCUACAUCAGAAUUAUUUCUUUAGGGAUAUUUUUUUUCUCUAAAUUAAUAAUUUCAUAAACACUUUUAUUGAGUUAUUCUUACAUUAAGCCCCUGAAGUUUUUUAGAUACUUAGAAACUCUGAUAAUUUAAUCUUUUCCUUUUUGAUCUCGCUCCACAGUUAGAUAUGAAAUGGGACAGGAUCCAAAGCUUCUCUCUACUGGUUCGGUCUCCUUUCAAGGUCCUUCUUUGAUUGCCUUGUCUCCUGAUGGCCUCACAGCUGCAGUUGGGAAUAAUACCAGCAUUGCCUUCUGGGAUACAGAAUCAGGAAAGGAGCAGGAAGUGAUGCAAGAUGUUCAUCCAGGUAUUAUAUGAGAUUGUAAAUCAAAAUAUUAGCUUGUCUGAAGCCUGGGAACUUAUGUAAACAUUUUUUUUUCUAUAUUCCUUUUCAUCCCCAUAGUGCUCUAAAUGCAAGCUUCUAUUAAAUUUGUUUAUAAAUGAAUCAUGUAAUUGAAAGAAAUCUCUCUAACUGAGUACCUGUCAUGUGCAUUUUUCUGUAGUGUCUAGCCAUUUUUAGAAUUUUCAUAUACUGUUCAAAUAUGAAGAAAUCACAAAAUAAAUUAAAUCAGAGACCCUUAUAAGUAUACAUUUCCGAAAGUACAUGGGAUAAGGUAUCUUAAGUUAUGAAAAGAAUUUAUUUUUAUAUUAUGUAUUAUGAGUCACCUUGACCUUUGCAGAGGGAAUAAAAAAUGUAAUAUUCAAUUUCUCCAUUAAACCCAAAUUGUUCAACUAUCAUAAAAUGAAGUUUUUAAGAUACUAGAAGCAAUAUUCUUCCUGAAGAUGUCAAGUUAUAGAUACUUACAUUGAAAACUUUAAUUUUGGUGAGUUUCAUUCAUUCCCUACCUUAAAAUUUCUGUCAUACAAAAUACUGGAGAAAAGCACAUAAUGAGUUCAAAAUGGCUUUUCAAUUGAAGUUAUUAAAUCCAUUUUUAUAUUAAUUAAUACUACAGAGCAUCAAUAAACAUAAAUGUCUUUGAAACUCUUUAGGGUAGGUGUUUGGGAACCCAUCUUUGUCUUUUCUAUACAAUUUCCACCCUUUCUCAAACAAAUUUGUCUUUAACAAUAUGACUAUGCUUAGGACUAAAAUUGUCAAUAUCUGACUCUCAUGUCGACAUCACCACUAGAGCUAAUACUGUCACUAAUACAUCAAGUAUCUCUGAAAUUUAAUUUAAUCGGCAUCCUUCCGUCUCGUGAGACGAUGGUGCAUCACCGUUGGGUUUGGUUGCAUUUUCUCGAGUGGCUGUGCAGUCCUAUCCUUGAAUGACAGUCUUUACCACAGUUUUUACACACGAGUUCCGUGCUUCUAAAUGUUUUGGCCUUUCUCCUAGCUCUUCUGUCUGCAGCCUCUUCCAUUCUUCGCUCCUCGGCUACCAUGACGCCCUCUUUGACAACUGUGCGCCACGUAGAUCGGUCUUUUGCCUUACACUCCCAGUCACUUGUAUGUAUUUUGGCUGCUUUCAUGUCCCUUUGACAGACAUCUUUAAAUCGCAGACGUGGGCGACCUGUUUUCCUCUUUCCAGAAGCAAGUUCACCAUAUAGGAGGUCUUUCGGAAUGCGGCCGGGACUCAUUCUUUUAACAUGACCUAGCCAUCUCAGGCGUCUUUCACUAAGGAUUGUGAACAUGCUUUGGGUAUUCGCACGCAUUAGGACCUCACUAUUAGUCACUUUUUCUUGCCAUUUAAUACCAAGGAUGCGACGCAGGCAUCUCAUAUGGAAGCUAUUAAGCUUGCGCUCUUGGGAUGUAUAGGUGGUCCAAGUCUCGCUCCCGUAUAGUAGUGUACUGAUGACACAAGCUCGAUAGACGCACAGUUUGGUUUUCUCCGUUAGCUUGGUGUUUUGCCAGACCCGUUUAUUUAGUUUAGCCAUUGUGGCAGCUGCCUUGCCGAUUCUGCUGUUAAUUUCUUCUUCAAUGGACAGUGUAUUGGAGACCUUGGACCCCAAGUAGGUGAAGCUGUCCACAACCUCCAAGUUUUCAUUAUCGAUUUUUAUGUUAGGUGGAGGUCGAGUGUCUUGGGCCAUGAUGUUUGUCUUUUUCAAGCUGAUUUGCAGACCAAAUUCUUUGCAGGCAUUGGAGAAGCUUGACACGAGUUGUUGCAAACCAAUUUCUGUGUGUGCUGUUAGUGCCGCAUCAUCCGCAAAUAGUAGCUCGCGAAUUAGGACAUCUGUCGUUUUGGUCUUGGCUCUGAAAUCAUUGCUUUCAUUUUAAUCCAUUUGAAUAAAGAAUGUCUGUUUUGAUUUUGCAAUCUGGAUGAAGACCCUUUCCAGCAUCAGAUGUAAUGGCAGCAACAAAAAAAAAUGUGCAAAUUUCACACCUGAUAAAUCACGAGACAAACCCUGACGAAAGCAUGUUAACACACGGAUAGAAAUAGUUAGCAAAGUCAUUUAUGUAGUUAUUUCCCCUUAACCAAUAUACAUUUAAUCAGUCACAUUUUUAAAUGGUGAUUUUGCUAGCUGCCAAUUAUAGCGGCAGUGACACCACAGAAAGGGGUUUAACGGCAGGUGACGGGUUGUUAUGACAGUUAUUGUGUUAAUGAAUAGAUCUGCCUCAUUCAGUUUUUGCUUAUUUAGUUAUGGGUGGAAACAUGUGCCUUAACAUUAGUUGUCAAAUAUUAGCAAUACUUGUUGCAAAUUUUUUAUUCAUUAAAAAAUAUAUUUUGAAAAAAUUGACUGAUUGAGAUAAACAUGUGUCCUCCUUCAAUUCUAUCUAUCAUACUUGAGAAGAAGACUUCAUAUGUAAGAUGUCCAUAUUCCCGUCAUCCACAGAGCCAAUGACAUGCCUUAGUUUUGACAUCAGUGGACACUACCUGGUUUCAUCAGGUGGUAAACAUGUGAUGGUGCUGCACAAUGUUGUUGGCUUUAAGGCUACGAUAGCUGAGCUGGAGGAGAAACUCAAAAGUGCUUCUGGGCCAGGUAUGAAGGAGCGCCUCAAGUCACAGCUUUCAAUUACCAGGUAUUUAAAAAAAAUUUUUUUUCAAAUUAAUGAAGAAACAAACAAUUUGAUCCACUGACAAAUGUUUGGACCAUCAUUCCCUUAAAUAACCAUUUCAGUCGCGUUCCGGCCAAAUCCUUCCUUAAAAACAUGCCACCUUCAGCGUUGCCUAGUGAAGGUAACUCUUCGAAUCAAGGAGUUACAGAGAGCCUAUUUAUAAACUGGAUGUGUCAAGCUCUAGGUUUGAUGGCUAUGCGCUUGAUUUCACACUACUUUUAAUUUCUUUUUAUUAAAUAGUUUUUUUGGCAGUAUAUGUAAGUCUAAGCUUAAUGGUAUUUAGGUCACUUAAAACUGCAAAUACAUCUGCUGUUAGUGUCAACAGUGAUGAAUUUGAUGAAUAAAUAGGUGCAGAAGUAUAUAAUGGAAAUAAAAGUGAUGUUGAUAUUAACAUUUUGAGUUCCCAGAUGGGUCAGGCAAUGAAGACAACGUUGAUAAAACUGACUGGUCUAACCAAUAACUGUGUUAAAUUGACAUUGAAGAAUUUUGGGUGUAACUGAUCCUAAUGUUGACUUAUUUUAUUUAAAAUUUUAUCUUUUCUCUAUAAUUACUAAUAUCAGUAAAAAAAAAAAAAAUAUGACUUGAUGAAAGAUUGAUUUUUAAUUUAAUAUAGUAUUGAAGUCAUCAACUUAUGGUCAGUGUGGAGUUAUUUCCCUUUGCUUUAACGUAAUUUAAUUUCUUAAUGGGUGCUACGAUAUACUGAGGCAAUUAAAAUGUAUGGAUGUGCUGUUGUUUGAUGUUUUCUUCAUGAAACUUUAAGCCCUGAUGAAUGCAUCAAGUUUUGUCUGUUUCAUCUCUAUGGGUCAGUAAAAGUUUUGUAGUUGUUUGCUGCCAAACAUUUUAUCAAACCUGCUGAAAGUAAAGUUCAAAAUGUCUAUCAACAAAAAAGCAUACAAAUCAUUUGGCCUAAAUUCUUUAACAAGUAAUAAUUGUUUGGCCAUUGAUUCAAAAUGGAGCAGCAACUUCUUGUUUGAUAAAAGUUUUAUACUGCUUUUAGAUUACUGAUUUUCGAUUAUGCAUUGACAAUUUAAUUUUUUAACCAAAAAAUCUCUCUCUCUUUCCUCUGCUUUGAAGGGAAACUUUAGAGACAAUUCUUACCAGCUCAAAUGGACACACAGAAAGCAAGUGAUGGAAUGACUCCUUUGCAUGUACAUCUUUCAAUUGUCAUUAUCCAUAGAUACACCUAUUUUUAAAUAUGUUUAUGUAAGCUUCAGGUUUUUAUGAAAACGACUUUCAAAAAAAAUUAAAACUAGGAAAAAUUUUAGUUUCUUUUUAAAUCCCUUCUUAAAAAAUCCUGUCAGAUUUUUUUAUUUGUGUUUUAAUUUUUCUUUCAAAUGCUUUGUUUUUAGCUGUUUUAAUGUGAACCCUAAAUUUGAAUUGGUCAUUUAUUAUUAUUAAUAUCAAAUUAUCCAGUUAGUACAGAGGUUAUUAAUUUAUUUAUGAGAACUAACAAUUGAAGAAGACCCUAGUACAAAAAGUACAUAAGUCACGUUUUUGUCAAAAUCAAUCCAACCUGUGAACCUUUCUUAUCCCAUUUAGCCAAGUGUACUGCAGAAAUUUGAACACAUUAAAAUGUGCCUAAGACCGUUCAUUAAUCAAGACAAAAUAUGAAAAUGAUCACAUUUUAUAGACAAAAAGAAUAUUUGAACUUGAUUAUCUUAAAAUGUGUAUUUUGUGACUUAUGUACUUCUGGCACUGAAAUAUUACAUUCACUGUAAGGGACCAAGCUAUUGCUCUUUAAUGGCAAGUAUGGAACAGGCCUGCCUCAUCUGCUGGGCAGUCCCGUAUAUCAGGCUUUCGACGUGGGUGGCUGGGAGCACUCGGCUAGAAGGUGUUCUACUGUCUCCGGUGCCUGUCCACAAUGACUUCUAGCACUAAGGUCUUCAAUUGUUUGUUUUUUUAAUUGUUUUUUUUUUGUACAUCUUAGAACAGUUUGCACUAUGCAAAAUUUUAACCGUAUCUCUUCAAUAGAUAGUAUUGGAGUGAGGUAAAUCCAUUAAAAAUUAUGAACUGUUUAUUUCAGUGAGGAUUGAUAAUUUUGUUGAUUUUGUCUAUUACUAGUCACAUAUUGUUUGUUUUUUUCCUAGAAAUAGAAUUUUUUGUUAGCUUCAUUUUUUUUCAGGAGAUGAAAUAAAUUUUUAUAAUUGUUACCAAAGCCGAAAGCUUGGUUUGUGUACCCAUUUGUUGUUAAAUGGCAUAGGCAGCCUUGAUUCAUUUUUUCCUUUGCUUCAUUGGCUUGACAUUUGUCAUUGAUGUAUGUGGGUGUACACCUUUUAUCACAUUUAUCAUGCAGGUGUUCCGAUUUUGAGAUUGCCUCAAAGUCAUUAUGAUAAUAAUAAUAAUUCCAAAAUUGAAAUUGUUUUGGUUUUUUUCAUAUUUUUUUUUCUAACAAUUUGCUGUAGAUCAGUAUUUCUGUAAACUGUAUGCCAUUGCCUCUAUAAUUAUCUAUCCAACAAAAACAAACAAAAAAACUGUAAUUUGUCAACUAAUCAUUUAUGUUCACACAUAUGACAGCCAACAACAUUAUUAUUAUUUCUGGAACAGUUAUGAUCCACCAUCAAAAUAUGGAGGGGGAAUAUAAACUCUAAAGUUCAAGCCAAAUUUAUGUACAUGCUUAAUCAAUAGGUAAUAAAUAAAAUUCAGUUUCAUGGUCAGGCUAACAACCUCCACACCUUUAUACUCGAAAUUGGAAGUGAGAUAUUUGUUGUGACCAAGUCAUCUUAGUAACUGGAGGAGAAACUAAUGUAAACAAUGUGUUACCAGUGCUGUCAGUGUUUUAAAAUUCUCUUUAGGGCAUUUUUUGUGUUUGAGAAAUGAUGUUAGCGAAAUGAGGAUGAAACACACAGAUAUUGAGACUGUUUGAUUGUAAGACAGAGCAGAAAAGAUUCUUAAAUGAGGACAAAAAAAUAGCACCGAUUAAAUCAGAGGCUCACUAGGAUCAUUUUAUGUCCCUUUUCUCAAUAUGUAUGGGCAGCUUGCAUAUAUCAUCUAAGAAUAUAUUUAAUAUAAUUGAAAUGAAACCAAGGGCUCUGGGACUUUUUCAUUUGCAGUACCCUUAAUAAAGUGUUUGCCUGUGAUGUGAAUUUUCUUUUGAUAGAAAUAUCCCAUGAUGUGACUGCCCUGUGGUAGAAAUAUCCAAUGAUGUGACUGGCCUGUGGUUAGAAAUAUCCCAUGAUGUGACUGCCCUGUGGUAGAAAUAUCCCAUGAUGUGACUGCCCUGUGGUAGAAAUAUCCAAUGAUGUGACUGCCCUGUGGUAGAAAUAUCCAAUGAUGUGACUGCCCUGUGGUAGAAAUAUCCAAUGAUGUGACUGCCCUGUGGUAGAAAUAUCCCAUGAUGUGACUGACCUGUGGUAGAAAUAUCC